CUUUGUUCGUGCCGGUAACGAAUCUACCGACUAGAGAGAGACAUGAUGGAGACUUCUACUACUUCUUGCGGGCCAAAUCUUCGAGGCAUCAUCAUCAACCCAGCUUCCUCGAAACACUUUUCCCUUUUCCCUGUCACUGGCUCAACAGCGAGACCGCAGCUAGAUAGCUAUCAAUUUACGAUACAAUCCGGAAGGCGCCUGCUUGGUUCAGCCAAACGUCCACUCUACCCAAGAUAUCAUCUACCCCAGACAUAUUUCCCAGCACCACAGUAACCUUCUCUCGGCUGGACCAUGAUACAUCGUUAACGAGUUGCUGGGUCUCUUGUCUCUCGUUCCCACAUCAUACGACAGUAACAGUGACAUUAUUAUCCCCCCCCCGUUUCCUCCGAUCUCUGAUCUGCGCCACUUUGCAUCUCAACCCGACCGUCUCUGAGCUAGCUCAGGAAGAAAACGCACCCACUUCCAGCAGUAUGAGCUACCAAUCAUUCCUAAAGGCGACACAAAACUCGAAGCCGGCGAUCCAGACGACGCCUUCACCCAGCCCCGUUCACAGAAAACCUGCCGCGGCGACCUUAUCGAGCCCGACACCGUCGCCUUCUGCGCACACGGCGACCACUCGCAACCCGUCCCUCAGUGCCGCAUCCACCAACAAUGCUGCACCACCACCAUCCUACACUUCUGCCUCCUCUACUGCGCCUUCCCCGACGAUCGCUUCGAGACCUCCUACCACCACGCAGUCUGGUGGGGCCGUGGUGAACCCGGCGGCGGCCAGCACAACCACCCAUCAGACACAACUUCUUCAACCGUUGACAAAAGCACAAAUCGACGCGGCGUUGGAGACUUGUCUAGGCUUGCAAAAUACCGCCACCAAAUACCAUGGAAAGAGACCGUUUGCGGCGCUCCUUUUAGGGCCUGACAACACCACCGUUCUUCUGACGCACUACUCGAUUUCGCACGUACAACACGCAGAGACGGAACUGGCGAGGUUGGCCUCGAUACACUUUUCGCAAAACUUCUUGGCCGCGUGCACGUUGGUGUCGACCUGGGAACCUUGCGCCAUGUGCUCGGGCACUCUGUACUGGAGUAACAUCGGACGGCUCCUUUACGCCGCCAGCGAGGAAAAGCUCAACGACCUGACGGGUGGCGGCAACAGCGAAAACAUGACCAUGUCCCUGCCCUGCCGGGAUGUGUUGAAGGCCGGUCAGAAGGUCGUCAAGGUCAUUGGCCCCGUCAGUGGUUGGGAAGAGAGGGUGGUCACGGAGAGCGGGAAAUGGUGGAGAGAUCAUCGGUCGGGUACUAGUACGGAAAGUGGUGGCCUGCCCCUGCGAGAAGGCAGUGUCAAUGGGAGUGAGAAGCCCGGGAGUGAUGUCUCUAGCAUGAGGCACGGGACCCCCACCACUUGGACGGGCGAGGAAAGUGUCCUGAGCCGCAUAGACGAUGAAGGGGAGUACAAGGCUGAUUUGGACAUUGACUGGAUGAGGUGAGAGAACCACGGGUGGUUCAAAAAUAAAAUUAGUCGAAACCUGUAUAUAUGUAUGCCCAUGUACAUGUACAUCGUUGACAUUGACAA